AACCAGCAGCACAGCAGAGAUGGAGGCUUUUGGAGCAGACGAUAGUCCUGAUGUGCAGGGAGCAGUGGCAGUAGAAGCGGGUCCUGCUGGACGCAGUGAGACUUCUGCCAAGCCCGUUUCAGUUUUGCUGGAAGAAGCAGUCCAGUUCAAAACUAAAGGAAAUACUUUCUACAAGCAGAAAAACAUUCGCUCUGCCAUUGGUCAUUACCACCGUGCCCUGCUGGUGCUCCGGGGCCUCGACUCCACUGUGAUGGCACCAGUGAAAGGGUUUGGACCUGAGAAACCUCCUCUCACACUGGAACAGGAGACUUUGCUUAGAAACACACAAGUUGACUGCUACAACAACCUAGCUGCCUGUUUGCUGCAGAAACAGAAGGUGGAUUCCACUCGGGUCCUGGAGUACAGCCUGCGGGUGCUGCAGUGGCAGCCAGGCAACGUCAAGGCGCUGUACCGGGCGGGGGUGGCCACUCUGGAGAUGGGAGACGCACAGACAGCCAAACAAUACCUCACCCAGGUCUGCAAAGAGCAACCAAAUGAUGCUAAUGUGAGGAAGCACCUGCAGAGGGCAGAGGAGAAGCUAAACCAGAGCUACAGAAAGAGAGAGGCCAUGUAUCAGGGCAUGUUCUCCUCCGGCUCAAAGGACGGCACAGUGGAGAGAGUUAACCCGCCAAACAGAGCAGGUGAUGGAGUUUAGAUGGACUCUGUGCCAAACGAAACCUCAACCUCAGACAGGCUGGACCACCUGAGGGGAAAAUACACCUGUUGAACCGUAAUGUUGACAGGUUGUUGAGUUUGAAGGAGGAAUAGGAAUGUAAAGGCUUCUGCAGAUUACAGACCGCUGGGAAGCAGUGAGCAGGACAGUAAACAUGUCAUGGCUGAAAAUAGAAAGAAGAGGACAGAAGAGUUAGUUUCCUAGCAACAUGAAAAUGAAGAAAGUCAAGUAAUCUGUGCUCUUGAACAUCAAAGUGACUCUUUAUGCACUACCAAAAUGCCUCUAUGAUUGUCUAGUAAUAGGAAUGUUGGAAAUGUUUUAUUUAAAAAUCUAGUUUGUUUUAUUUCAAAUAAAAUGCACAUAUUUUAGACAC